GUCUGUCGUUUUAGCUGCACUGCUGGAGUAGUGCAAUAAGUUAGAAAAAGACAAACAUGCUUUCUUUCACUCUAACUAAUUGCACUAGUGGAGCAGUGUAGCUAAAACGAACAGACCCUAGGUAUAUACUUGUGAAAACCGGUGUUACGUGUGGAAUUUUAAAAUGAACGUCGAAGACGAAAUGUGGUUAUUGUUUUUUCCAAUAUGUAUUAACGCGAUAAUGUCUGCGAGUGCAUGCUAUUUGACUAUUCAUCUCAUUCCGAGGAUAAAAUCCAUGUUUGUCAAAGCUAACCUCUACGGCAUUGACAUGAAUAAGAGAACCAGUGAUAAAAUACCAGAAGCAAUAGGUGUUGUUACCGGAUGUAUAUUUCUCAUAACAAUGUUCUUAUUUAUUCCUGUACCAUUUACAGAUCAUAUACUUAAAAAUGAAAACUUUCCACACGACAAGUUUGUUGAAUUUCUGGCUGCAUUAUUGUCCAUAUGUUGCAUGCUACUUUUGGGUCUUGCCGAUGAUGUUUUGGACCUACGUUGGCGACACAAAUUACUUUUACCUACUAUAGCAUCCUUGCCAUUAUUGAUGGUUUAUUAUGUUAAUUUUAAUUCCACGAUAAUCAUUAUACCAAAACCAUUGAGACUAUGGUUUGGUUUUUCAUUGGAUUUAUGGAUAUUUUACUAUAUAUAUAUGGGAAUGUUGGCUGUAUUCUGUACAAAUGCGAUAAACAUAUUAGCUGGAAUCAAUGGUUUGGAGGUUGGCCAGAGUUUAAUCAUUGCUACGAGCAUUCUCAUCUUCAAUAUUAUAGAAUUAUCUGGUACACAGUGGAAGGCGCAUCAAUUUUCAAUAUACUUUAUGCUUCCUUACAUAGCAACUUCUCUUGCAUUAUUCAAAUUUAAUUGGUAUCCAUCGCAGGUUUUUGUAGGCGAUACAUUUUGUUACCUUUCGGGAAUGACCUUUGCUGUCGUUGGUAUUAUAGGUCACUUCAGCAAAACGAUUCUAUUGUUUUUCAUUCCCCAAAUAAUCAAUUUUCUAUAUAGCGUGCUACAGCUCUUUCAUUUCAUACCAUGUCCUAGACAUAGAUUACCAAAGUAUAAUAAAGAAACGAACAAAUUGGAGCCUAGUACAACUGUAUUUAACAAAUCAGAACUUAAUACAAUUGGAAAAUUAUUGAUAUGGAUAUUUAAAAUGUUUAAAUUGAUAAAAUGGCAAGAAGAUGGAAAAGGUAUUAUAACUUGCAAUAAUCUAACUUUGAUUAAUUUUAUAUUAAUCAACACUGGUCCAUUAAAAGAACCGACCCUUACAACGAUUCUAUUAAUAAUUCAGGUUAUUAGCAGUAUACUGGCAUUUAUUAUUAGAUAUCCUCUGGCUUCCAUAUUUUAUGAUAUUUAA